AUGGUAUUAUUUAACUUGUUCAAUAUUUGGUUAUUAUCGGUGUUUAUUGGUCAAAUAUUAGGCAUUGCAUACAAUCAACCAAAAUUUUGUGCAAAUGCAACAUGGAAUCCUGCGGCUAUAACUUUUUCUAAUAGUACUAUAAUUGGUACAAAUGCUCAUGGACUUUUUGUCGAUACAAAUAAUACGAUUUACCUAGCUGAUACAGCAAAUGAUCGCGUGCUAAUUUGGUUUAAUGGUAGUACAACACCGACAAGUAUUAUCUCGGGUGGUUUAGAUUUACCCUAUGGCCUUUUCAUCACAGAUAAUCGUGAUAUUUAUGUUGAUAAUGGUAAUACAAAUAAUCGAGUGGAUAAAUGGGCAUUUAAUUCAACAAGUAAUGUUCCAGCAAUGUAUAAUUGUGGACCAUGUUAUGGUCUUUUUAUUGAUAUUAAUAAUAUGCUUUACUGCUCACUGUAUCAUUCUAAUAAAGUUAUCGCAAAAUCAUUGAAUACACAUUUAAAUAUUUGGAAUACUGUCGCUGGAACAGGAACUGUUGGAUCAACACCGUCUACACUUAACGGACAAUGUGGUAUCUUUGUCGAUAAUAAUCUAAAUUUGUACGUGGCUGACACUGCUAACAAUCGAAUUCAAAAGUUCGCAUCAGGACAAUUAAAUGGAACAACAAUAACAACAGGAACUAUUAUACUAAAUAAUCCAACUGGAAUUAUUCUUGAUUUUGAUGGAUAUCUUUUUAUUGUUGAUCAGUAUAACUGUCGUGUUAUCGGUUCAGGACCUUAUGGAUAUCGAUGUAUAGCAGCAUGUUCUGGAACUUAUGGCUCAUCAUCUAGUCAAUUAUAUCUUCCAUACUCACUUAGUUUUGAUAGUUAUGGAAAUAUAUUUAUUAUGGAUGAAUACAAUCGUCGCGUUCAAAAGUUUUUAUUAAUAAUAAAUGGAUGUAAUGGAACAACAACAAUGUCUAGUGUAACACCGAUAGAUAGUACGCAAUCAGUUCCUUUAUUAACAUCUACCUAUGGAACAAAUUCUACAAGUGUAUCUUCUUCGACAAAUCUUUCAUACAAUCUGCCAACAUUCAGCGCUUAUGCUACUUGGAGUUCUAAUGGAGUAACUCUUUUUAACACUACUACCAUCGGAACAAAUCCAUAUGGUUUAUUUGUUGAUACUAACAAUACACUUUAUAUAUGUGAAUAUUCUAAAAAUAUGAUUCAAGUAUGGCUUGAAAAUAGUACCGUACCUAUAAGAAAUAUUAGUGGUGGUUUAUCUUCUCCCUAUGCGAUGUUUGUUACAGUUAACGGUGAUGUUUAUGUUGAUAAUGGUAAUUCAAAUAGUCAAGUAGAUAAAUGGGUAGUAAAUUCAACGAUUGGUGUUUCAGUAAUGAAUGUCAAAGCCGCAUGUUGGGAUCUUUUUGUUGAUAUUUAUAAUAAUAUUUAUUGUUCACAAUAUGCAUAUCAUCAAGUAGUUACAAAAUCAUUAAAUAGUAGUUCAAAUAUGUGGAUUAUUGCUGCUGGUACAGACUGUCAAGGAUCAACAUCAAAUACACUUUAUAAUCCUCGUGGUAUAUUUGUUGAUACAAAUUUAAAUUUAUAUGUUGCUGAUUAUAAUAAUAAUCGAAUACAAUUAUUUUUAUCAAAUCAAUUAAAUGCUGUUACAGUAGCUGGUUCUGGAGCAUCAUCAACUAUUAGUCUUUCUGGUCCUAGCGGAGUUGUUCUUGAUGCUGAUGGUUAUCUAUUUAUUACGGAUAGUUUUAAUCAACGUAUUAUUGGUUCAGGUCCAAAUGGAUAUCGUUGUCUAGUAGGAUGUUCACAAGUUGCCGGUUCAGCAUCUAAUCAAUUGAAUAAUCCAGUAACUUUAAGUUUUGAUACUCAUGGAAAUAUGUUUAUUACUGAUUCAAAUAAUCAUAGAAUUCAAAAAUUUUAUUUAACAACCAAUAUUUAUAGUACAACUAUCAAUCAACCAAGCUUCUGUCCAUCUACAACUUGGUAUACAGAUGGGAUUACAUUUGCUAAUAGUAGUACGGUUGGAACUUACGUAUAUGGUGUUUUUGUUAGUAUUAAUAAUACUAUUUAUGUAGCUAAUCAACAGACUAAUACGAUUAUAGUAUGGUACGACGGAAGUAUUAAUCCAGAUAGAAUUAUUGCUGGUAGUUUGACUACACCAUAUGAUCUUUUCGCUACUCCUCUAGGUGACAUAUACGUUGAUAAUGGUGCACAUAAUGGUCGAGUUGAUAAAUUUUCAUUCAACUCAAAUAUAAGUACUUCUGUAAUGUCCGUUCCUAAUUUGUGUGCUGGUAUUUUUGUUGAUAUUAGUAAUACUCUUUAUUGUUCAGCGUAUACUUCUCAUCAAAUUGUUAAGAAAUGGUUGAAUGAUAGUGUCCUCACAUCAACUAUUGUUGCUGGCAACGGUACAGCUGGAUCAACAGCGACUACACUUAAUACACCUAUUGGAAUUUUUGUCGAUGCUCAAGUUAAUUUAUAUGUUGCAGAUACUCUUAAUAGCAGAGUGCAAAUGUUUCCUAUUGGACAAUUAACUGGAAUAACUUUAGCCGGAGCUAGUGUCCCAGGAACUAUUACACUUAAUCAGCCAAAUGGUAUUACAUUAGAUGGUAGUGGAUAUCUUUUUAUUGCGGAUACUGCUAAUAAUCGAAUAAUUGGAUCAGGACCAUAUGGUUUUCGAUGUUUAUUUGGAUGUACAACUAUUGCUGGUUCUUCAUCAAGUCAAUUGUAUUAUCCAGUAACUUUAAGUUUUGAUACUUAUGGAAAUCUAUAUGUUGCUGAUAGAGGUAACGGUCGACGAUAUCCACCACCACCAGUACUACUACGAGUAGCAGCAGUACUACAAGUAGUACUACUACCACCACUAGUACUACAACAACUAGUAGCAGUACUACAAGUAGUACUACCACGAGCAGCAUUAGUACCACCACAAGUAGCACUACUACCACGACCACCACCAGUACUACUACGAGCAGCAGCAGUACUACAAGUAGCACUACUACUACCACUAGUACUACAACAACUAGUAGCAGUACUUCAAGUAGCACUACCACGAGUAGCAGUAGUACGUCAAGUAGCACUACCACGAGUAGCAGCAGUACAUCAAGUAGCACUACUACUACCACUAGUACUACAACAAGUAGCACUACUACCACCACCACCACCAGCAGUACUACUACGAGCAGCAGCAGUACUUCAAGUAGCACUUCUACCACGACCACUACUACCAGUACUACUACGAGCAGCAGCAGUACCACAAGUAGCACUACCACGACCACUACUACCAGUACUACUACAUCAACCACAACAUCGACAACAACAACUACAUCAGUAA